GAUUUUUAGCGGCAUUUAAAACAGCUGUUCUUGCACCUUUUGCAUUUCAAUUUGUAAUUUAAAUGCGAAAAUGACAAAAGCUAUAAAAAGUAGCGGCAUAAUAUGUCUAAAAGCUAAGGUAUGUGAUCUGGAGCGCACUCUGCUAGGUGGUCAAAGCUUUCGCUGGCGCAAAUUAUGCUCAGAGCCAAAAGUUAAAUAUUGCGGCGUUGCUUUGAAUACCUAUUGGGAGCUGACGCCCGAAAAGGACCACAUUGCCUAUGACGCUCACGUUGCAGACAAUACUCCAAUAAAUAAUAAUUUCACUGCCUUGCUGAGCGAUUAUCUGCGCGCUGAUUUUGACUUGGAGUUGCAGCAAAAAAAUUGGAUGCAGGCAGAUGAGAAUUUCAAGAAAUUUGUUGGCCAACCAGUGCGAAUGUUGGCACAAGAGCCGCUGGAGAACAUUAUCUGCUUCAUGUGCAGCCAAAAUAAUAAUAUAAAGCGUAUUUCAUCGAUGGUUCAGUGGCUUUGCUCAACUUAUGGCAAUAAAAUUGGGCACUUUAAUGGCCAGGAUGAGUUCAGCUUUCCCACGCUGAAAGACCUUCAAGGCGGACGCACCUGCAGCCAGCUAGACGCAGAGUUGCGCGCGGCUAAAUUUGGCUAUCGAGCUAAAUUUAUAGCCCGUUCGCUGACGGAGAUCGAAAAGCUUGGUGGAUUGGAUUGGUUUGAGCAAUUGAGGCGUAUGCCCUAUGCAGAGGCACGAGAAGCUUUGGUACAGCUGCCGGGCAUUGGCUACAAGGUAGCCGAUUGCAUAUGCCUCAUGUCGCUGAAUCAUCUGCAAGCGGUGCCCAUUGAUACGCACAUCUUUAAGCUGGCCCAGCGGCAUUAUUUACCCCACUUGGCCAGCCAGAAGAGCGUCACUAGCAAAAUCUAUGACGAGAUCGCUCAACACUUUCAGCAGCUUCAUGGACAGUACGCGGGCUGGGCGCAAGCGGUUCUCUUCUGUGCGGAUCUGCCACAAUUUCAGCCCAAGCUGGAGCCCAGUGCGGCGAAGAAGCGCAAAAAGUAAUAUCCUUUGUAUAAUAUAUAUAUGUAUAUAAGCUAUAGCUAUAGCGAAACGUGUUUGUCCGCUAGUUAUAAGUUAUUUUAGGCCUAAAUCAUCCCUGUGUGUAAUAUAACUUUCGUAACUUCUAAAA